ACUAAUGGCGGACUGGGAAGGGUAUCCACUGCAUGAAUGCGUCUUUCACAACGAUAUUAGAAAACUGUCACAGCUACUACGUGUUAAUGAUGUGGCUCUUAAAGAUAUGCACGGAAAUACAGCUCUACACCUUGCUGUUAUGCUGGGAAGAAAAGACUGUAUCCAGUUACUGCUAGCACAUGGGGCACCUGUUAGAAUGAAGAACCUCCAGGGUUGGACACCCUUAGCAGAGUCAAUCAGUUAUGGCAGUAGACAAACAAUUUUGUGUUUGCUGAAGAAACUAAAGCAACAAUCCAGAGAGACGUUAGAGGAAAGGAGACCUGCCUUGAUCCAAGCAUUAAAGGAUAUAGGAGACUUCUAUGUAGAACUAAAGUGGGAUUUUCAAAGCUGGGUGCCACUAGUUUCUCGUAUACUUCCUUCUGAUGUCUGCAAAAUCCAUAAGAAAGGGAGUUGUUUAAGGCUAGACACGACUUUGGUUGACUUCAAUGACAUGAGAUGGGAAAGAGGGGACAUAACUUUUGUUUUUGAUGGGGAUGCCCCAUCCAAUGAAGGGCUGACUGUUCUGGACAACAAAUUACAUGUAUAUCAAAAAAUCAGAUCACAGGAGUCAGAACAGGAACUAGAAGAUGAGGUGGAUAUACUGAUGAGUAGUGACAUCAUGGCUGCCCAGAUGUCUACCAAGAGAAUUACCUUCUCCAGGGCCCAGAGUGGCUGGUUGUUCAGAGAAGACAAAACAGAGAGGGUAGGAGAAUUUGAAGCUGAUUUCUAUGCAGUUAAUGGUUUGAUACUAGAUUCCAGAAAAAGGAGGGAGCAUUUAAGUCCUGAUGAUGUACAGAAAAACAAAGCUAUGAUGGAGAAUUUGACCAAAGGAAACUGGAAUAAUUGUGAGUUUCAGAGACGCCCCUCCCUGCCUUCACCCGAGGAAACUAAUAUAAAGUGGGAGGAUUACACCUCGGAGCCCCCAGGAAAUCCUCCGUGUCUUGGGCGACCGUGGAUUGCAAAGGGAAGCACAAAGUCAUUCAAGGCCACUGUUGCAAUGAGCAAGAACUUUCCAAUGUCUAUUGAAGUACUGCUAGAUGUAUUGGAGGUAAUUGCCCCAUUCAAACAGUUUCAGAAAUUACGAGAAUUUAUGACAACCAAACUACCUGAUGGUUUUCCUGUGAAAAUAGAAAUCCCAGUAUUCCCCACGGUAACUGCUAAGGUGACCUUCACCUCGUUUGAAUGGCGAGAUGACAUUGAUGAUUCCAUGUUUUUGAUUCCACCAAACUUUCGUGAAGAUCCGAACCGAUUUCCUGAUUUAUGACAGAUGAUGGACAUUAGUUUGAUAGACAUAUUUUCCAGCGUUAGAAAUGUACUGAUUAUCCAAAGUAAUGAAGAAGAGGCAUUGGACUAUUUAGAAUUAGCCGUUGGAGUAGAGCUCCCCCUCACUAACCUAGGAAUCUCCAGUACGGAGAUGACCUUGCUUUUUUAGAGUAUCUAAAAAUAGACUAACAGAGAUGACAUUACCUUUUUCAAGAGUAAAAAAAGAACUAGAGUUGAACUUGCUUUUUUAGAGU